UAUAUUCCUACCCCUCCUACGUCUUCGCCAUUUCAGGUGAGUGCGUGUAGAAUUCAGUAGAGGCAAUGUCAACAGAGAAAGAAUUGGUGGAUUUCAUCUUCUCUUGGUCCAUCCAAGAUGUAUUCAACGACGAUCUCUUCAAAGAAGAGGUGGAAAAGAUCCCAGAUAAAUUUCAAUCCGUAGAGCAGUAUUAUGGAUCGUUCAUUUUUCCUUUGAUUGAGGAAACACGGUCCGACUUGUGUUCGAGUAUGGAGGUUCUCUCUAAAGCACCAGUCUAUAGAAUAGAAUCAGUUGGGGUAUCUAGUUGUAAGGAUGUAUAUGGCAUUUCCAUGGAACCUUUCAGAAACGUUUUGGGUAAGGGAGGAAAAGAAACUUCCGUUCCAAAGAAAGGAGAUAUCUAUGCUUUGUGCAAUGCGGUACCUUUAACAUUUGCUGAUCUAAACUGUGGUGGGAGAUCCUACACUCUUGGUUUAGUUACUGGGAAUAAAGAUGCUGAAAGUAGACCACCAUUUGAAGUUCAAGCCAAAGUUUCGAAGGAGGUUGUGGCGCCAGAAGGAAAGGAGAAACCUCUUUUUGCUGUUUUCUUGAUCAAUAUUAUGACAAACAAUCGUAUCUGGAUGGCCUUGAAUGCACCCUGUAGAAAUUCCAAUGUCAUAAAGGAAGCAUUGUGCACCAAUUCUUCAGUUUUGGUGAAAUCUGGUUUGGUCGAAUCGACUCAGGUUGGGGGAAGUUGCAGAAACUGUUCUUCUGGAGAAUUUGGGCAGAAGAACGAAGUUUUGUUGCAAAAAAUGCGAUCCAGUUUAUGCUCAUUCGAUCUGAAUGAGUCACAAACCAGAGCUGUAUUAAGUUCUAUAGCAGCAAAGCAAUGCAAGCAUAUGCAUUCAAUUCAACUAAUCUGGGGCCCACCGGGGACUGGAAAGACAAAAACAGUCAGUACAAUGCUACUGGCACUUCUAGCAUUGAAAUGCAGGAUAGUUAUGUGCGCACCGACAAAUGUUGCUGUCUUAGAAGUGGCCUCGCGUCUCCUGAGGUUGUGGAGAGAGUCAUGUCCUACUGACCUAUGCCGAUUGGGAGACAUACUUUUAAUGGGAAAUGAGGACCGGAUGAACAUUACUGACGAUCUCAAAGAUAUUUUUCUGAAUCACCGCAUCGAUGAGCUUUUGAAGUGCUUUUUUGGUUGGAGAGAUAAGCUAGAGUUAAUGAUAAAAUUUCUCAAAGAUUAUGUUCCUCAGUAUGGAAUCUAUUUGGAAAAAAAGGCAAAGAAGGUUAAGACGGGUGCGGAUGCCUUGACAUUUCAGGAGUAUGUCAAGAGACGAUCUGGUGGCGUUGCAUUUGGUGCCAUUGCAGAGUCACUGAAGAAUCAUAUUAGAAGCUUUUGUACUCACUUACCAUCAUCUUCACUUUCGAAAAAUAACUUUGAAAAGAUGGUUUCAGCUUUCAAGUCGAUUGAAUCUCUUGAAAGCUUGUUAUGUGCGAAUAAUGUCAGUGACAAGGAGCUCAAGAAACUAUUUAUGCAGUCCGAAGGAGAAAAAAAAUUAUGGGAGGCCCAAAACGUGUGUCUUCAAAUUCUAACAGAUCUUCAACAAAAAUUUCUGAUUCCCCAAGUUCUCAAAGAAUAUUUGAUUCAAGAUCCAAGAGAUCUUAAUGGAAAUUUUCAGUCCCCUGAAUUUUGGAAAAAAUAUUUGAUUCGAAAAUUUUCCUUGGAAAGUUCUACCCUCAUUUUUUGCACGGCUUCUAGUUCAUCUGCACUGCAUCUUUCAAAUAUCGAACCGUUUGAGCUGGUGGUUAUCGAUGAAGCUGCUCAGUUGAAAGAAUGCGAGUCGUUGAUACCAUUACAACUACCGGGUAUACAGCAUGCUAUUCUUGUCGGCGACGAGCGGCAAUUGCCUGCACUUGUUAAAAGCAAGGUUUCUAAGGAAGCUGGUUUUGGAAGAAGCUUCUUUGAGAGGUUGAGUUCAUUGGGACAUUGGAAGCACCUUCUCAACGUUCAGUACCGAAUGCAUCCUUCCAUAAGUGCUUUCCCUAAUGCGAAUUUUUAUGGGAACCAGAUUUUGGAUGAUCCAAGUGUCAAGGAUAAAAUUCACGAACGGCAUUACCUUUCACAACCUAUGUAUGGUUCAUAUUCAUUUAUUAAUAUUGACGAUGGAAGGGAGACGGUCCAAAAAGGAGGUAGCUGGAAGAAUAUGGUACAGGUGGCUGCUGUUUCGUGCAUAUUGAGAAAUCUUUUCAAAGCAUCCGUUGCUUUGGGACAGAGGGUUAGUGUUGGUGUCGUGUCACCCUACAAUGCUCAAAUUGUUGCAAUUAAAGAGAACCUAGGAAAAACGUAUGAACCAUACGAGCACUUUGUUGUGAAUGUCAAGUCCAUUGAUGGGUUUCAAGGUGGCGAAGAGGAUGUGAUCAUAAUGUCUACUGUCAGGUCUAACAAUAACGGAUCAAUCGGUUUCCUUUCGGAUACUCAACGGACAAAUACGGCUUUGACCAGGGCCAGGCACUGCCUUUGGAUUUUGGGGAAUGGGCAGACCUUAAUUAAAAGUGGUUCCAUCUGGAAGAAAAUAGUCCUGGAUGCGAAGCAUCGGGGAUGCUUCUUUAACGCUAAGGAGGAUGAGAGUUUGUCCGAAGAAAUCAUCCAUGCCAACAAACUUGAGGAUGACUUAUCAAGACAUUUUGCUUCUCUUAAUCUAGGCAAUGAACCUGGUGAUUCAGCUCGAGAGUUAAGGGGUAAGAUUUCACAUCUUAAGAGUCCCAAAAGAACUGACCCCAUGGAGGGAUUAUCAAGUAACUUAGCUUCGCGCAAUCUAGGGGAGGAACAUGGUGAUUCAGCCACAGUUUCAAGAGAUUCUAAGAAAACUCAAGAGUCAAAAUCAAGUUCACCGAAAGAGACUGGUGAUCAUUCUCGACUUGUGAAUACUAGCACUAGUGUCAAUUUCCAAAACAGGAGUAAAGGAGAAGCUGCUGGGGAAAGUAGUCAUGCAGACAUGCCCGAUGGAGGAAUUGGAGUUGACAAUCCUAAACAAAGAUCGAAGGAAAGUUCGGAGUUGAAAGCUAGUUCAUUGAAAGCAACUGGUAAUUCUCGACCUAUGGAUACUAGCACUAGUAUCGACUCCCAAACGAAGAGUAAAGGAAAAGCUGUUUGGGGAAGUAGUCACGCAGACAAGCCUGAUGGAGGUGCAGGAAUUGGAGUUCACAACUCUGAAGAAGUUAGUUCUUUUGCAAGGAGAUCUAAGGAAAGUUCAGAGUCGAAAGCUAGUUCAUUGAAAGCAACCGGUAAUUCUCAACCUAUGGAUACUAGCACUAGUAUCGACUCCCAAAAGAAGAGUAAAGUAAAAGCUGUCGGGGAAAGUAGUCACGCAGACAAGCCCAAUGGAGGAAUUGCAGUUGACAACUCUGAAGAAGAAAAUCAUACAGAUCACUUCGGUGGUCUACCAGGCCUUGUAUCUGGUGGCUUAUGCAUUGUGGGGUUUCUCCUUUAUCGAUUUUGGGCGCGGUCAUAAUACUUAGAUAUGAUUGUAAAGGUGUGAAAUUUAUUUAUAUAUGUAGGAAUUGGAAGAAGUGAAAUUGUUAUUAAUGUUGUGAGACCAGAGCAUACAUUGCUAUGUAAAUUGUCACAUAUACUAAAAGUGAGAAAAAAUAGUA